UACACAAAACUUGAGAGUAAACUUGAAUCCUGCCGGACUUGAGAUAGUGAUAUAAAAAAACCUUUCGUAAAAACUAAAGUGAACAGAAAAGUAACAGAAAAAAUAUAAAUUGUGUUAAAAAGAAUUCCAAUAAAUUCUCACAAUGGCUUAUUCUUGGGAUAACCGCGUCGAUUUUGUUGUUCGGUAUAUGUAUGAUAUCGACAACAAUGGCGUGCUCGACGAAAACGAUUUCCAAUGCAUGGCCGUGAGAGCCUGUGUGGUUGAAGGCAAAGGCGACUGCAGUGCCAAUCGUUUGGCCGAGUACAAGAAACUCAUGCAGAACUUGUGGGUUGAAAUUUCCGAAAUUGCCGACGACGACAAGGAUGGUAAAAUUUCCAACAAGGAAUUCAAAGAUGCCGUGCGCAAGACUUGCGUUGGAAAGAAGUACAGCGAAUUUCCCCAGGCCAUGAAAGCAUUUAUUGAAUCCAAUUUCAAAAUUCUCGACAUCAACAGUGAUGGCAUUGUUGGUAUUGAAGAAUACCGUUACAAUUGCAUUACAAGAAUGGCCGUUGACGAUGUAGCGCCCAUUGACAAAGCUUUUGAGUCCCUCUUGAAUGACGGCGAUAAGAAAGUUGGUGGUCUUAAUUUGGACCGUUACAAGGAGCUCUAUGCCGAAUUCUUGGGCAACACUGCCGAAAACCAUCCAGCCGUAUAUCUCUUUGGCCCCCUAUAAAAAGUAUCCGCCGCUAUCUACCAAUGUGUACGAACGAUGGUCACCCCAGCAACAUCAACAGACCCGGAAUUUGGAUGGGGUACCAACGUGAAUGUAAAUUUAAUUUUCAAAACAAAAAUACCAAUAAAUGUAAAUGUCUUCGCUGUUGUUCGACCCACAACAACAACAACAACAACACUAUGUAAUGUCCUACUAAGUUAUUAAUUAUUUGAUAUAAACAACUAUUUUUAAUGAGUUACUUUUACAAAACAAAAACACAACACAAUUAUUUUUAUUUUACUUUUUACUUUUAAUAAGACAUAAAAAUCCUAAAAAAAUGGUAUCGGAAUGUAUCUAAUGUGUAAAAUCACCUAAAACAACAACAACACAAAAUCAAUCAUCUUCAUCUCUGUUGUAGAAUCGUCUGAAACAAGAACAUAAAAUCAAAACAACACAUAAAGAAGCCUAGUUUGUUAACGAAAACAUUAACACAAAAAAAAACAACAAAAACCAAAACGAAGAGAAAAAGCCAAAAUAUCUGCUCUCCCACAAAAUUAAAAAAAAAAUAUGACAAAAGUCUCUCUCAAACUCUCUUUUAUUUGAAACUCGACGUGAAAUGGAAUAUUUAAUGUUUUUCAAAACUUUACAACACAAAACCAAAAAAAAAAAAAAAAAGAAUUCUUUAAUAAUUUUGUUUACAUUGGUUUUACAUUAUAAAGCCAAUACUAUAUUUUGUUAAUUAAUUGUUGCAACUUUCAUUUGUUCCGUUUGAUUUCAUACAACAAAAUAAAAAAAUGAAAAACAAAAAAAAAGUAAUGAAAGUGUUAAUAGUUAUAUUUUGUUAAUCAACGUUAAUGUUUCUUUUUUGUAACUGUAUUCAAAACAAAAAAUACAUAUUUCUAUAAUUAUAUACAUAUGCGAAAUGCAGUACCCACAUUAUAUACAUACAUACAAAAUAUAUUUAUGUAUACACAUCUAUUUAUUCUUAUGAACUACACUUAAAUAAAUGUUUGUAUCAGUAACGGUAAUGAAUAUAAACAGUAAUAAAAACCACCUUGAAAACAGCCAACAUUUA